GACGCCAUACAGGUAAACAAAUACAUGCAAGGCAAACUCAGACCAUCUUCAGUUAGAAAAAUGUUCUCAGUGUGAAAUAGUCAUAACAUGAACAUCUAUAAGAUGCGUUUGCUUUAAUUUAGAUAUAUUGCACAUUGUAUCAUUGUUGAUCUGUUUAAGAUGAACACAAGAGGAAAGGAUUAAAGCAUUCAAAUCUCCUGAGGAAUCACAGGGAUCUGAUAUGACGAUACAAGAUGAACCACUACACAGAAAACAGACGAGUCGAGACCUGCCCGACCUCAUCCACACGCCCUAAACCGGCUCAUAACAGAGAUGUUUAUAAAGAUUCAUUUGCUAAUGAUCUUAAUGUUGUCUAAUUAUAUUGUGAGGACACACAAGGGACAAACGCAUUCAGUAGUAAACAAUAAAUAAAAAAAUAGAUCAAAAAGUUAACAAUAAAAAUAAAUCUUCAACAAAAUGACAAUUUAGAAAAAACUCCUACAAAAAUAAAGGAAAAUCUAGAACGUUUACAUUUAGUCAUUUAGCAGAUGCUUUAUCCAAAGCGACUUACAAAUGAGGUAAACAAUAGAAGAAAUUAGAGCAGCACAAGAGCACUGGAACUUAUCAAGUCUAACACAGUAUACAUAGACAAGGAUAGGAAAGAUAAAGAUAGAAAAUGAGAUAAAAAUAUUAAAUUCUGUAUUAGUAAGUGAGGUGUUGGCAGAGAUGGCGACAGAAUCAGCAGAUCUCAACCCGCAGAUCAUUUCAAAGAUGUGGGACAGAUCCAGAGAAGGUACGCAAUAGUGAUUUUCCCCCUUUUUGGGACGGCACCACAAGAAAUAAUAAAAUCAAGCGAGAGCAAAAGAAAUUUACAAAAAUAAGAGAAUAAAAAGAUCACCCAAAGAGCUGAUUUUAUUUACUUAAACACGUACAAAACCAACAAUAUGAGCAAGCAAUAUGAACGUUCACUGAAGGCUCGAGUAAUCGUUCUUGUUUUCUUGGUUUCCUUGGUUUGUGCCGGGUCCCACGGGUCCAUUAGAAGCUAUAUAUUCACGUAGCAUGAGUCGUCAACUACAGAAAAUCCUACAAACAGAACAUUUCCAAACGCUUGGACACAGGAGCGGGUCUAUGGACUUAUGCAUCACUAUCAAAGGCGUCUCCUUCCUCUUGCAGGCAGGACUGGGCAUCCUUGCCAAUGUCCUGGUCCUACUGGCCUACAUCCACAUCAUUCUGACCGAUCUGAACCUGCAGCCCGUGGACAUGAUUAUGUGCCACCUGGCCCUCGCUGAUCUCAUGUUGCUGCUGACGCGCUGCAUCCCGCAGACCAUGACCGUGUUCGGCCUGCGAAAUCUGCUCGACGACGGCGGCUGCAAGGUGGUGAUCUACACGUAUCGCAUCGCCAGAGCUCUGUCGGUCUGCAUCACCUGCAUGCUGAGCGUCUUCCAGGCGGUGACCGUUGCGCCUGCGUCAGGAGCGUAUCUGUCCAGGCUUAAGGCCAAGCUGCCGCAGCUGGUUCUCCCUACGUUUGCGAUGCUGUGGUUUAUAAACAUGGCCGUCUGUAUAGCCGCCCCGUUCUUCUCUGUGGCCCCUCGUAACGGUACCGUCCCCCCGUUCACACUCAAUCUGGGUUUCUGCCAUGUCGACUUCCACGAUAACUUGUCCUACAUCAUUAACGGGGUCGCGGUAUCGGUGCGAGACUUUGCUUUCGUGGGCCUGAUGCUGGGCUCCAGCGUCUACAUCCUGGUCCUCCUGCAUCGCCACAGCAGGAAAGUGAGAGGCAUCCGGCGGUCACAACAGGGCGGCACCAUGGAAACACGGGCUGCCAAGACGGUGCUGAUGUUGGUGGUUCUGUAUGCUGUGUUUUUUGGCAUCGAUAACGUGAUCUGGAUCUACAUGCUUACCGUGACCCAGGUGCCUCCCGUCGUGGCCGAUAUGAGAGUGUUUUUCUCCUCGUGUUAUGCGUCUCUCAGCCCGUUCCUCAUCAUCUCCUCUAAUAAGAAGGUCAAAGCGAGGAUGAUGUGUGCAGCCUCAGACCAAGAGCAGCAAGCAGUGGACAACAAGGACUCAAAUGUUAAAAAAUGACCAGAACAUAGAGCUCUGGGUCUGGGGAAAGAGUUGUAAUUGGGUUAAAAAUAUUAAUAAAAAAACUGUAUAGUAUGCCAUAUCUAUAUCUGAAAUUUC